AUGGACCCUGAAAAAGACUUUCAUCAUUCACCAGUUAGGAACAAGGAUUAUUAAAAAGUUUGCUCAUCACCUUCAGAUCCUGUGCAUUUUGAAGUGGAUGCUUCUCAUGAAAAAUUAGAAAGCAACUUGGAAGCGGAUGCCAGGAAUGUCAGCAGUCUUCGUCAAGACUUAACUCGCUCAGAUUCUCCCUUCUAUAUGGACACCAGCAGUACCAAUUCAGACUUGCCUCAGAAUGAAAUAAAGAAUGUAAAAAGGGAAGAUGAGUCUAAACUCACACUUGCUGAAGAAAUUUAUAGCACACUAGAUGACCGGUUAGGUGAUUUCAACAUUGGAAAUGACUCACAGAAUGUACUACCUCAACUAGUUGACCCCAGCAUUUCUUCCUUCAGACAAUUUGAACCCAUUUGCAAAUUUCAUCACACAGAAGCAUUUAGUAAUGAAAUGAUAACAUUUCAAAAUCUGAAAGAAGGCUUACCUUAUACAGUACAACCCGAAAUGCAAAUUCAUGUGUAUUAUUGUGCAAAAGACACUAAUAUAAAGGAAGAUUCAUUUAAGGAAGAAAAUUCACUGGGAACUAGCACUUCUACAAAUGAAGAGCAAUUUGCUCAUAAAUGUGUCAUACAACCUUCUAGAAGUCCACCUGUAGUCCACGGCAGUGGAGAGACAGUGAAAUUCAUGGAAAUGUCACUGGCUAAAAGUGCUGCCACGGAAUCUGCCCUCAAACCUAGUCAACCUCAGAGCUUCUGGUAUGAGGAAAAUGUACCCAGUGAUGUUGACAAACCGUUUUACAAAGAGAACAGCUUUAACCAGCUUGAUCUGAAAGCUAAUUAUGCAACAGAGAAGAUUUCAGUGUCUUCGAAAGGAAUCCAGAGUUUCGGGGAUAUUCCUGAGAUGUCAGUCAGUCACCAAAAGGCAGUCACAGUGGAGGACAUGGACAGACCAGGGACUGUCUCAUAUUGGUCUCCUGCAGUCAUUUCUUGGAGUAGUGGAGCAUCUCAGGAGGACAGCAAGGCACCUGACAUGGAGCAGAGUUUGGAGAGCUUACAACCUCUGGAAGAGGACAUGGCUUUAAAUGAAGUCUUACGGAAAUUAAAACAUACUAACAAAAGGCAGCAAAUUCUGAUCCAAGACCUGCAGUGUAGUAACAAGUAUUUAGAGAAGAAGGUCGAAGAGCUCCAGAGGCAGACUACCAAGCAGCAGGUGUUCGUUGACAUAAAUAAGCUAAAGGAAAAGAUGGAAGAACUAAUUGAAGACAAAUACAGAGUGAUCCUAGAGAAGAAUGAUACCGAGAAGACACUGCAGAACUUGCACGAGGUUUUGACUAACACCCAAAAACAUCUCCAGGAAUCUAGGAAUGAAAAGGAAACCUUACAGCUCGAGCUUAAGGAGGUCAAGGACAAUUAUGUUCACCUACAGGAAAGGUACAUGACUGAAAUGCAACAGAAAGAUAAAACUGUCAGUCAGUGCAUGGAGAUGAACAGAACCUUAAGUAAGAAAGAAGAAGAGGUAGAGAGGCUGAAGCAGCUCAAAGGAGAAUUGGAAAAGGCCACCACUUCUGCUUUGGACUUGUUGAAAAGGGAAAAGAAGACCCGAGAGCACGAGUUCCUGUCUUUACGGGAGGAAUUUCAGAAACAUGAAAAGAAGAACCUGGAAGAACGACAGAAACUGAAAUCAAGACUGGAGAAACUGCUCACUCAAUUUAAUACUUUACAGUUCAUACCUGAGAACGAGAAGGGGAAGAAUGCCAAACUGAAGCAGCAGGUCAGCUCAGUAAAACAAGAAAAUGUGAGGCUACAGCAGCAGAUUGCAGGGAGCGAGGAGCAAAAUUAUGCCCCUUGGUUUGAGACGGCUCAUUUAAAGGAGGACUCUGGGGAGGCAGUGGAGGCAGAUAUCACAAAGGAUGCAAAGAUGAUACAUUCUAAUUUGUUCCUGAAUUGCUCACCUUGUGAAGAAGAUAGCCUGAAUCCCCCAGAUGUGCAAAGAACCUCUCAGCUGGUCUCCAAACUUCACAGUCUUCUGGCUCUGGUCAUAGGACUUCUCACACGUCAGGACAUUACUACUACUGAUGCUGAAUAUUUCAAAGAUUGUGAGAAAAUUAGUGAUAUAAUGCUACAAAAACUGAAGCACUUCCAUCUUAAAAAGAAAAAUUUAGAUAAAAAGCUACUGAAACAUAAAGACAGAAUCACAGCUUUUAGAGAGUUGAUUACUAAUGAAAAAGCAUUUCAAGAUCGAGUUACUGAGGUUACAGGCUUUGAUUCAGAUGAAACCAAGAAUGUUGGAGAUGUACCUAUCUUACUGGGAGCCAAACGGAAUAAGUACCACAGUCUGAAUGAAGAGCUUGAUUGCUUGAUCACAAAAUUAGGAAAUCUUCUAGAGUCAAAAGAAGACCAUUGCAACAGACUCAUUGAAGAAAAUGACAAAUAUCAAAGAUACAUAGGCAACUUAAUAAAUAAGGUUACAUCAUAUGAAGAAAUUAUCGAAUGUGCUGACCAAAGGCUUGAGAUAUCCCACUCCCAUAUUGUACAGUAA